AUGGGAAUCUUUGGUUCAAAAUCACGUCGACACGUCACUCCGAUCGAAACAAAUACUUCCUCAAAUGAAAGUAGUUCUACAAGAUCACAAACUCUUCACAAUAUUUAUCGUAAUAAUAAAUUUAUUUUCAUAUAUGUUGAUGUUAAUGCAAAUGAAUCGGAUGCGAUUCAUCAAAAUUGUUUAUCUCGUCUUCAGCAUAUUUUUAUAUCAUUUCAUACAUUUACAAAUCCCAAAGAUUUCAUGAAAUUUCUUUCGACAAUUAAAACUGAAAUGAUUAUAUUGAUUAUUUCAAAUGAUUUCUUCGAACAAAUCUAUUCUCGUCUUAAAUCAUUCACACAAAUUCAUUCUAUCUAUAUUCUUUCUUCGGAUAUCGAAAAGAAAAAUAUUUCUUAUCAAGAAGAUAAUAAAAUUCAAGGUAUUUUUACACGAAUAGAAUCUAUUUGUAAUUUUCUUCAACGUAAUACAAAAUAUUUUAAACAAGAUUCUCUUACUAUGAGUAUAAUACCUUCAAUGAAAUAUACGAAAAAUAAUUUACAACAAAUAAAUCAACUAUUUAUUUAUUGGAUGUUAGUAAAACAAAUUAUUUUAGAAAUAAAAUAUGAUAAUAAUAACAAUGCACUUAAAAAUUUUACAAAAUUUUGUCGUAUACAAUAUUUUAAUGAUAAUAUUGAAUUAAUAAAUAUUAAUGAAUUCGAAAAAAAUUAUCAUAAACAUUCACCUAUUUGGUGGUAUACGCAAAAAACAUUUCUUUUUCAUAUGCUUAAUCAAAGUUUUCAAACACAAGAUAUUGAAAUUAUUAUUCGUAUGACAUUUUUUAUUAAAGAUCUUUAUCAACAAAUGAAUACAUUAAAAACAAUCAAAUUACCAAUAAUUACUUAUCGAACGCAAAAUAUAUCAAAUUCUGAUUUUGAAAAAAUGAAAAAUAUUCAAGGUAAUCUUUUAUCAUUUAAUAAUUUUCUAAUAACAAAUUCUAAUUAUGAAACAUCAUUAAAUAUGGCUCAAAAAAAUAAUACUGAAAUUACUGUUGUAUUUUCUAUUAAAAUUGAAUCUAAUCAACCAUCAAGUCCUUAUGCUUUGCUACAAAAUAAUUCUAUUCUUUUUUCUAUGCAUUGUAUAUUUCGUAUUAUUAAUAUAAAACAAAUUGAAAAUUAUCUUUGGAAAAUAGAUCUACUAUUAACUGAUAAUCAUGAUGUACAAAUAAUAAAUCUUACUAAUUUAUUACGAUAUGAAACUCAAGAAUCAAUGAAUUGGUUUAAACCUCCACAAUUAAUAAGUUCGAUUCAUGAUUAUGAUCAUGCGAAAGAUAUUUAUUUUUCUCUAUUAGAAUAUUAUAUAUCAGAAAAUGAUAUUUUAAAAGUAGGAUAUAUUUAUAAUGAAUUAGGAAUAUUAUAUGAUCAAACAUGUAAUUAUACAUUAGCACUUUCAUAUUUUGAAAAAGCAAUUGAAAUUCAACAAAAAUAUUUACCUUUAAAUCAUCGAUCAUUAAGUAUUUCAUAUAAUAAUAUGGGUGAAGUUCAAAGACAAAUGGGUGAUUAUUUUAAUGCAUUAUCAACACAUAAGAAAACACUUUCUAUGAAACAAAAAAUUCUUCCUGAAAAUGAUUUAUCAUUUGCAACAACGUAUAAUAAUAUUGGAUUAACUAAUGAAUUACUUGGAGAAUUUUCCACAGCACUUAGUUUUUAUGAAAAAGCAAUUGAAAUUAAACGAAAAAUUCUUCCACCUAAUCAUCAAGAAUUAGCAACAACUUAUAAUAAUAUUGGUGAACUUCAACGAGCAAUGGGUAAUUUUUCAAUUGCAUUAAUAAAUCUUGAAAAAGCACUUCAUAUUCGAUUAAAAAAAGUUUCACCAACUGAUUCAUCAUUAGCUAUUAUUUAUAAUAAUAUUGGUCUUAUUCAUCAAGAAUUAGGAGAUUUUUCGAAAGCAAUUUUAUAUUUAGAAAAAUCACUUGAUGUUAAAUUAAAACAUUUCCCAUCAAAUCAUCCAUCAUUAGCAUUUUCAUAUAAUAAUAUAGGUACUAUUCAUCAACAAAUGGGACAUUUUUCUCAAGCACUUCGUUCCUAUCAAAUAGCACUCGAUAUUCAAGAAAAAAUACUUCCUUCUACUCAUCCUGAAAUUGCUAUAACAUAUACAAAUAUCGGUAUUUCUUAUCAAGCAAUGGCAAAUUAUUCUAUGGCACAUUUAUAUUAUCAAAAAGCAAUUGAAAUACGACAAAAAUCAUUUCCUUCAAAUCAUCCAUUACUUGGCGUAUCAUACAAUAAUUUAGGUCAUCUGCAUCAAUUAAUGGGAGAAUAUAAUCGAGCACUUGAAUAUUAUCAAAAAACACUUGAACUUCAAAAGAAAUCUCUUUCAUCAAAUCAUCCAGCAUUAGCGUCAACUUAUAAUAAUAUUGCAGAUAUUCAUAGAAAAUUAGAAGAUUAUAAUAAAGCAUUAAUAUUAUAUAAACGAUCACUUGAUAUUAAAAAGAAAUCAUUACCUAUAAAUCAUCCAGCAUUUAUUAUAACAUAUAAUAAUAUAGGUUCUAUAUAUCAAGCACUAAAAAAUUAUCCUGCUGCACUUGAAUCUUACAAGAAAACACUUGAUAUUCAACAGAAAACUCUUCCGUCUGAUCAUCCAGAUUUAGCUGCUAUUUAUAAUAACAUAGGUGUUAGUUAUCAAUCGAUGAAACAAUAUUUGACGGCACUUGAUUAUUAUAAAAAGGCAUUAGCAAUUCAAAAUAAAAGUCUUCCAUCUACACAUCCUGAUAUUGCUACUACUUAUAAUAGUAUGGCAACUGUACUUGUAGAUCUUGGAGAGUAUGAAAAUGCUUUAAAAUAUGAACAACAUGCACUUGAUAUUGCGAAUCAAACUCUUGCACCUGAUCAUCCUCAUUUAGUAACUUUUAGAGAUUAUUACGAACGAAUAAAUAUAAAAGUUAAAUCAAUGAAAAAUAAAUAA